UACCGGAGCAAGUAUUAAUUUACAGCGGAGAGUGAGAAGACGAAUAGAAGUGUGGACGUUAUCUCUCUCUCUCUCUCUCUCUCUUUUCGUACGUCUGGAGUGCGUGUGUUAGUGAGGGGGGUUUAGUGAGCUGAAGAAAUUAGAGACGAGUGUUUAUUUACCACACCUGUGAUGCGCUGCUGUUUCUGAGCAACGAAGACGCACUGAUGGCCAAGGUACAGGAAGAGGAUAUGUGUUGAAAGAGGACAUUUAAAUGCCCUGGCCGAACUCGUCAGUAUAAUAUUACAAGAACUAAACACAGACAGACACUAAUACUCACCGCAGUUCUUUCGGCUUAUAUUAUAGUCUUAAACUUGAACGAGUAGGUGAUAAAGACAUGAUGCCGUUACACCUGGGUCCCUUUGUCCGCUGGAGAUCCGGGCUUGUACUCACAUGGAUCUGCCUCUUUUCCUCCGGAUUUACCUGCAUCGGUGGAGAGCAUGCGGCCACCGUAACACAUCCACUUCCUGUGGCCUUCUCUGACCUGCUGCCCCACUUCCUGGUGGAGCCCGAUGAUGUUUAUAUCGUUAAGAAUAAGCCAGUGACCCUCACAUGCCGGUCGACACCUGCCACGCAGAUCUACUUUAAGUGCAACGGUGAAUGGGUUCACCAGGAUCAGCACCUGAUCGAGCGCAAUGUGGACCCGACUACAGGGCUGCCGGUGAUGCAGGUAAAGAUUGACAUCUCAAGACAGCAGGUAGAGAAGAUCUUCGGCCUGGAGGAUUACUGGUGUCAGUGCGUGGCCUGGAGCACUACAGGAACCCAGAAGAGCCAAAAGGCAUUUGUACGCAUUGCCUAUCUGAGGAAGAACUUUGAGGAGGAACCACUGGGUAAGGAAGUAGCGCUUGAUCAGGAAGUUCUUCUCCGCUGUCAUCCUCCAGAAGGUGUUCCUCCUGCAGAGGUGGAGUGGCAGAGAAACGAGCAGCUGAUCGACCCCAAGACUGACCCCAAUUUCUUCAUCACCGUGGACCAUAAUCUCAUCAUCAAACAAGCCCGUCUGGCCGACACCGGCAACUACACCUGCGUUGCCAAGAACAUUGUGGCUCGUCGCAAAAGCUCGUCGGCAGCUGUGAUUGUCUAUGUGGAUGGAGGUUGGAGCGAAUGGAGUAAGUGGUCACCAUGUGGAGCAGACUGCAAUAUGUGGAGGAGUAGGGAGUGUACCCAGCCUAUGCCCGGCACUAGAGGCAAGGAGUGCCAGGGCCUGGAUUUACAGUCCCUUAACUGUACCAGCGAGCAGUGCCCACAGACUGCAUCAGGUGCUGAAGAUGUGGCCCUGUAUGUGGGGAUCGUGGCAGUAGCCCUGUGUCUGACUCUGCUGUUGAUCGUGCUGGUGCUGGUGUACCGCAGGAAGAAGGAAGGUCUCGAUGCUGAUGUGGCGGACUCAUCCAUCCUCACCACUGGCUUCCAGCCCAUGGGCAUCAAGCCCACCAAGCCAGGUGUGUGGGCACCACGCAGGGCAUCCCGCAGCAAAAACUCUCAUUUGCUCACCAUCCAACCUGAUUUGACCACAACCACCACUAGCUAUCAAGGAUCUCUGCGCUCCCGUCACGAAGUUGCCGGAAAGUUCCCCAUGAGCAACGGCCCUCUCCUUGAACACCUUCCUAAUGGCUCCCACACGCUACACAACGGCAAAUUGCCCAGCGACCCCAGUGACUUCAUGAAUCGCUUAUCCUCACAAACGUAUUUCAAAACACUACCGAGAGACAACAUCAACACCUCUUACGGCACAUUCAAUUUUCUGGGUGGCCGUCUCACCCUCCCCAACACAGGAAUCAGUCUGCUCAUCCCACCAGAGGCCAUUCCCAGAGGGAAGAUUUAUGAGAUUUAUCUCACCAUUCAGAAAAAGGAAGAUAUGAGGUUGCCCCUGGCAGGGUGUCAGACGUUGCUGAGCCCUGUUGUGAGCUGCGGGCCACCCGGUGUUAUGCUCACCCGACCGGUUAUCCUCAGUGUGGACCACUGCUCUGAUGCCUGCCUGGAGAAUUGGGCCAUCCGUCUGAAGAAGCAAUCCUAUGAGGGAUUGUGGGAGGAUGUUCUUCAGCUGGGAGAGGAUGUGCUGUCAGAGCCAUACUAUUGCCAGCUGGAGGAGGAGACAUGCCGAGUGUUCACCGAGCAGCUGGGCCGCUUUGCUCUGGUGGGGGAGUCCCUCAGUAUGGCUGCUGCUAAACGGUUAAAAUUGCUGCUGUUUGCUCCCGCCUACUGCUCCACGCUGGAGUACAAUAUCCGCGUCUACUGCACGGACGACACACAGGACAUGCUAAAGGAGGUGAUGCAAAUGGAAAGACAGCUGGGAGGUAGACUGAUUGAUGAGCCGCACAUCCUGCUCUUCAAAGAUAGCUACCACAACCUGCGCCUCUCCAUUCAUGACAUGCCCCAGUCUUACUGGAGGAGCAAACUUAUCGCCGGAUAUCAGGAGAUCCCAUUCUAUCACAUCUGGAGCGGCUCUCAGCGGACCCUCCACUGCACCUUCACACUGGAAAGACAGAGCCUGAGCACCUGUGAUCUCACCUGCACGCUGUGUGUGUGGCAGGUAGAAGGAGAGGGACAGAGCUUCACUCUUGACUUCAACAUCUCAAAGGACAUCAGACCACUUGACUCUGAUUUCUUGUUGAUGGACAACUGUACUCCUGCCCUGGCUGGCCCAAGUGCUUUCCAGAUCCCAUACCUCAUCCGACAGAAGAUCUGUAACAGUCUGGACACCCCCUGCCCCAACGGAGCAGACUGGAGACUACUGGCCCAGAGCCUCAAGCUCGACAGGCACAUGAGUUUCUUUGCAUCCAAAUCAAGCCCCACAUCAAUGAUUUUGGACUUAUGGGAGGCCCAGCACUUCCACAACGGUAAUCUCAAUCAGCUCGCUGCCGUGAUGGCUGAGAUUGGCAAGCAGGAGGCCAUGAUAUUCCUGGUGUCAGACGGGGAGUGUUGACACGUUCAGACUGGAGCAGAACAGCCGUGUCUCUGAAUGAUGGGGAAGGGGAAGGACGUGACCCUCUGCUCGCUCCACCAAACAAGAUAAACAAAUCAAAGAACAGGGUUUACCCAACUAUAUGAGGCCACUUCCCAAGUGAAUGGGCAAAAAUAGAAAAAACAAAAACAAGACCAGGCGCUGGAGAAACCUGGCAGGGCUUUUAGAUGUACUGUGAACUGAGACGAAAUGCCCCUCUUUGUGAACAAAAAUCCAUUUGUUUAAAAAAUAAUGGUGUAUAGUGAAUUUCAAAAUGGUUCUGGUCCUGCUCUCAAUCACAGCUAACCAAUAUGUCUUCUCUAACCACUUUUAUGUUCAUAUCAGACUGGAAACUGAAAUUAAAUUGGUUGAAAGAUCUCAUAUGGGACAUGUACACUAUAUACAGUAGGUAAGGUGAAUAUUUUGCAAACCAAUUCAAAUUAGUGACAUGCAUUUUGUAAAUGUGAACCAUUUAGCAAUAUGCAAAAACAUAUCGGUGACAAUUUCCUUUGGCUGUGCAUUUCUUACCUCACAGAGCAUUUAAAUUUUCAGAUAAAAAUUGCGGUAAAUUUCAGGUCAAGAACAUUAAUGAUGAAAACAAAAACUGUGUUUUUCGUAAGAGCCAUCAGUUCUCUUCUGCCCUUGUGCACUUAAUGUGUCUAUUCUACUACAUGAAGCCAUAAAAGUCCAAAAUUCACCUCACGUUCCGGUCCAGAUGGAUAAUCGGUAAAUAAGCACAGGAUUCUGUGGAUUUCUGGAGUGGGUGAUCGGGGACCUCCGACUUUUUCAUAACUGUUUGAAGAACACCAUGUUUGUUGUUGCUUUCAACAAGAGACUGGCGGUUUGAAAAAAAAUACUAAAUCGUCAGAUAUUCUACAAAGCAUUUUCUCACAACCCUCUCAUGUUAGUUACAUUCUAAGUUUAGCAAGGUUUUCUUCUCUCAUAAACAGAAAAUGAAAUACUAACAAAUGUUUUAUUGCUGUUCUCAUUCAUAUUUAACGGAACUAUGUUUCUCGGAAAGCCGUUUUGGCUCCAGGGCAAAUUGUUAUCUGUAGGGGAAAGAAUAUUUUCAUCACCCCCUAAAACACAAAGCUCCAUCCAGGAAACCUUCAUCAAAACUCAACAGCGGUUUUAUUUCUCAUGAAUUGGACGAUUGCAUGUGUAAUUUAUUCUGCAUACCUGUCAGUCUGUAAAUUCACAACACAUCUUAACCCCCGGGUCCUAUGAAUGUGCAGUAUGAUUGUCUCAAUUUUUUGAACAUGAGAGUGUUUUGUUACAAAUGAAGGAUGAUCUGUAAAAACUGUGGGUUACAUAUUGGCCACAGUCAUCUUUAUGAUAGGCCACGGAGACAAUUGGAAGAGUGAGGCACAUUCUCUCAACAGCAAGUUGAGUGUAGGAAUAAACAGGCCUGUUUCACUCACUUAAAAGGCAAAAUGUGCUCAUAAUGUACAUUUUCAUAUUUUGUAUUUUUUUUUUUUUUUUUUACCCAGGUUCCCAUAAAAUCACAUGGUGGUAUUUGUUAAACAAUUAACCAGCUAAUUGUAUUAUUAUAUUUUUUCUAUGAAGGUUAUCAUGUCUUGUAGAUAUGUACUUUUUUAGUUAAUUUGACAUCUCUGCAGCAACCAAAGUGUAUGAGCCAGCUGAAGCUUUGAUUUCAUAUCUAUGCCUAUAUAUCAAAUAAUGUCAUUCUUUUUAUUCACAAUGCACAUUUAACAUUCCGAAUUAACCAUCAACCAUUUUCGUAAAAAAUGUCAUGGCUUGUGCAUCAGGCAACAUCUUAAUUUUGGAGAGGUAAAACGAUAUAAAUAUUUAAUAUCACACUUUGUAAAGUAAUUGUAAAUUAUAUUUUAAUAAUGAGCCAAAAAAUACAACUGACGUAACAUUUGUCAAAGUAUAACCUGUGAAGUGUUUGCCUACUGUACUGUUGGUUAUAGCACUGAGUUAAUUCUUUCUGCAGUGUUUGAGGUUUAGACUGUUUUUUUUUUUUGUUUUGUUUUUUUUAAAGUAUGUACUCCGUUAUUUUGUUUUGUCCAUAUGCUGGUGGUGUAUGGGUAAAAAAAUCCUCAAAUUCCUUAGAAAUCUUAACACAAAACAGUGACCGUGACCGUAAAUUAUACGUAGGCCUACCUGUGAGAGAAUUGAGAUGAUGCUACGGAAUGCAUUUUCAAAAUAAAAGUCAGUUUCGUAACCCUCAGGUUUGCAAACGGGUUUAGUUCACGCAAACACAUUUUACAUGUUUUUAAACACUUGUUAUAUACUGAAUGCAUAAGGCCCUCACAGAAUCCAUGCCCAGUCAUGGUUUCUACAAUAUUACUAUGGUAAAACUAUGGUUUAUUUCCGUAAGGUUUAAACAAACAGGGUGACAACAUUAUUGAACAUAAAUGUAUACUUAUUUUAUCCUCUAAUAAAAGAAACACCCUAUUAUAUAUAACUGAAUCAAAAUAUAAUGAAAAACUGCAGCAAUUAACUAAAUAUUUCGCUUCAGAAAUGAAGGUAAAGUCCCUUUAAGGCUGCGCAGGGCUCAAGUGAAUCAGUGAAUCAUUUAUGUGAACUAGUUCACUUGCAUGAACCAUCAAAAAGAACUGACUCACCAAAAUGAAUCAGAAUUCCAAAGGCUAAAUAUAAAAGAAACAGUUUAGGAUUUCUUAGAUUCAGAUUUGUCAUGUCUGUUUCAUGCGCGUUUCUGCUGUUCCUCUUCAGGCCAGUAGAGGGGGACAAAGCAAAACACGCGGUAAUCACAGACUGCAGUUUACGUGUGUGUUUGAUUGCUCCCUCGGCUCCAUUUGCAGUUUAAUGUGACAAAUGUAGUGUUUUGUGACACUACGCCACUACUCGUUGGAAAAUGUAGCUUGUUACUGGAAACAAAAUAGCGGAGCCAAUUUAGUAGCGGCAUUACUCCCUAACACCAAUUCUGUCUGGGCCUGUAUAUAAGUGAAUUUCUCACCAAUCUGCGUGCAUUUUAAAAAUCAUUCCAACAGCCCAUUGUUGGUUGAUCUCAUGAUACUCAUUCUUCAAGGAGAGUCGAUCUCUCUUCAUGACUGUACAUUUUGUCAGCCUCAUUUAUAGUUGUUCCAUGUAAAUGAAUGUGUGCCGUUUCUUUCCACUGAGUUCCACUUUCUUUUUGAACUGAAAACAGUAGAAUUGUGUACCUGUGAAUGUUCUUCAAUUCGAUUUCUUAAUUCAAUGUUCCUUGCCUUUCUGCAAGUCAAAAUGCUGUAUUUAUUACAUGCCAGAGCGCUUAUGCAAUUGUACAAUUCUUUUCUAUUAUGUUCUUUUUUUGUAAAGUUUUCAUUUUCCUCGUCAAUGUAAAUUGUCGUCAAUGAUUUUGUGGUCAUAGGAAGCCCUCUUUCGCAGAUGGUUUUCUAUACUCUUUGGACAAUAUGGAUUUGUGGGUAGAAUUUUUGAAAUUCGUUUCUAAGUGCUUUCAAGUAUUUACUUGGCCUUAUGUACAUAUAUAUAUAUAUAUAUAUAUAUCUCUAUGAAAUUUCAGAAAAAGGUAUGUAUAG